CUAACACGCGCCACUAGUUCCCAGAGACCGGCGCCUCGAGGUGGGGGCAGGGCAGGGAGCGGGCCGUGUUGGGCCCGAGGUAGUUAUGGCCCCCGGGGGACAUUGAAGCGAAGGACGGUCCCCGUGGUGGUGGAUUCCUAGCUGUGGUGUUCCAUCCAGGGUCUGAAUAUGGCAACCAAGGAUUGUGUCUCCUCUGAAGAGGGAGCCUCAUUAGAAUUACCCCUUCCAGGACCGAGUGACUCUGAUGAGCUGAGCAAAUCCUACCCUUGGACCAAUAAGAGUAGAAAAAGUGGGCUUUCCAGACUCUGCCGGAGUAAAACUUCUUUGUCUGAGGAUGGAUGGACUGCCUAUUGCUUAUCUUCACUGGCUGCUCACAACAUUUGUUCUGGCAAUCGUGGUAACCCUUGGGCUCAUUUGGAACUUGCCUCCUUAUCCUGUUCAGUCGGUAGCACCUCUUCUUGUUCCUUCUUGAAUGUCCUGAGUGUAGAGGAAUCCCUCCAGUCGCUCCCAGCUGCUGUGUGCAACCCAAAUAAAGCCAUCUUCACUGUGGAUGUCAGGACAACAGAGAUUCUCGUUGCCAAUGACAAAGCCUGCAAGCUCCUUGGGUACAGUAGUCACGAGCUGAUUGGCCAGAAGCUAUCCCAGUUAAUAUCAAAAUCUACUCCGGGUAUAGUGGAGGCCCUAGGGGAGGAACAUGUGGAGGCUGAUGGAUAUGCAGCUGUGGUUUCUGGAACAGUGGUGGAUGUUAUAGGACAUAGCAAUGAGAAGAUCCCUGUCUCAGUCUGGGUGAGGAGAAUGAGAAGCAAGGACAACCAAUGCUGUGUGGUUGUGCUGGAACCAGUGGAAAGACUCUCUGCCUCUGUUUCCUUCAGAAGUGAUGGAGAGAUUACAUCGUGUGACCUUCUUUUUGCACAUCUCCAUGGUUACACAUCAUUGGAAGAAGUAGUUGGGCACUACAUAACAGACCUGAUUCCUUCGCUGCAGAUCCCUCCUCCUGGCAAGAAAAUUCCAAAGAAUCUCAAGAUCCAGAGAUCUGUAGGUCGAGCCAGGGAGGGCACAACAUUUCCUCUCAGUUUAAAGCUGAGGGCUAGCCUUCCUGAUGAGGACCAAGUCCCAGUGGUUGAGGAUGGACUCCUACAGGAGUGCAAGACAGGAUCUUCCACAGACUAUUCUUACUCUGCCACUGUCUGGGUUUUCACUGCCAUCAGUGGGCUUAUCACACUCCAACAAGAUGGGACCAUCUAUGGCAUCAACAACAGUUUUGCUUUAAUGCUGUUUGGCUAUGAGAGAAAGGAGCUGCUGGGAAAGAACAUCACCUUCCUGAUUCCUGGUUUCUGUAACCACAUGGAUAGAAUUGAUGAAUCCUCCUUGCCAUUUCCCCCUCUUGAUGAUUGCAUGGAGACAGAAAAUGGACGAACCUCUGGAGAUAUUAAAAGAGCCCAGCGGGGAGACUGUUGUAUAGCAGAUAAUAGUGAAGAUGCCAGCCUCUUGCUUGCUGGAGAUGCAGUCCUCCUGCUACAUAAGCAGAAACUAGCAAGGAGCCAGGCAGAAGAGAUUUUCGCUAGUGCAGAGACCUGGCUGAACAGUGGGAGCAGUUUGCCAUCUACUCUCUCAUCACCUGCAGUGACAUCCACACAUUUAAAUGGUGUGGACUGUAUGGCUACUGGUGGCCUGCCAGCCACAGAUGAACAGCCAUUGCCUGAGAGCCAGCAUGAUGGCGUCUUCACACUGAUGGAAACUGCAGAAACUAAUAACUCACACCAGAGGCUCUCUGCAGCAGACUCUCCUAAACUAUCUGAUUCAAAACAAUCAGUUUUCGGUCAGGAUACAGAAGCCCCAAUGAAAGACCGUGAUGGUCCAGUACCAUCUGAGACUCAGCAGGUGAACGUUGAUGUGACCGGUAGCUUUUCUGACCUGCUGCAGGAAGAACAUCAAGUCCUUGUGGAUUUAGAUAGCCAAUUGAGCUCUAGGUUACCAUAUGAAACCAUGAAGUGUCAAUCUUUCUCUGAACCUCAGGGAAAGGCUACUUUACUACUGGACCCUCAGAUGCCUGUUCCCUGCAGAUUAGAAGAAACUGAGACCAGUGAUUUGAAUAGAUCUUUGUGUGACGCUACCUGUCUCUCAUUUGGGACACCAACACUAGAUGAACCGUGGCUUGGGGCAACAUCUUACUGCAGACAAGAUGUGCAAGUCCAUGUGAUUACAGAGCAGUUUGCAAAUACAAAGUUGAUGAGUGGGACAAGAAACUCCAGCUUUGAGCAGAUGACCAUAGAAAACUCCAAACUGACUGAUCGUUCAUCCUUCCUUCCUGUUGGAAGGAGUAAUAUCCAAGAUGUUUGUUCAGGAAGUCUACUAGCUUGUGAUGCCUCUGCUUUGGGGGCUGCCAUUAAUUUCAAAGAAAUCCAAGAACAGGGCACUAAGGUAAAUUGCGUUUGCGAAGGCCUUAAGGAACUGGACCUGAACAUUGGUGCAGAGCUGACUUCAGCCAAUUGUUCAGAUGCUACUUCAGAUCUUCUAAGGACACACUUGCCUGAUGUGGUGGAUUGUGAUUUAGAUAUGGACAGCCCCCUGGCCCAGAAGACUAAUUCCUCUACAAUUGAACAGGAAGAGCUCCUGUUGAAUAGCACUUCCCCAAAGAGUGGCCAGGGGUGGUUGAACUUUAUCAGACAUUUGAAAAAUAUUCAAGAGGAUUCCUCCAGAACAUCUCCUUCAGUGCCUAAAAGUGCUGCAGAGAACAUGGGGGAUCAUCUGAACGGAAGUCCUCUGAACAAUUAUGUGAAUCCCCAAGAAGACUUUCUGCUGUUCAAGCAGCAGAACUUGAAAAUGCAAGUAAUAUCCACUCCUGUGAAACCAGAAGCUACAUUAUCUCCGUCAGUUCCUUUGCUUGUAUCCAAGAUCCUGGAAGGCAGCUACGCUGGGAACUGCUAUCACAGAGAUGGUUCACGACUAAGUAUACUUUUUGAAGUGAAGCGUGUAGAAUUGCAGGAACCUGCAGCUCUCUUCUGUGUCUGGGUGGUGAGAGACCUCCUUCAGAGCCAGAAAGAAGCAGCAGCAAGGACUCAGCUUCUGCUCUCCAGUCUAGCCAGUUCUUCCCAGUCUAUAGCGGAUCUCUCCACACUCAGCCUGGGGGAAGUGAUCAGGACAAUGCCAUUGUUUGAAAAUUCCCAAAGAGUUGAAGAUCUGGAAAGAUUGAGGGCAUGUGAGGGAGAAUAUGCAAAGAAAUAUGACACUGUCAAUCUCAUUGGCAAAGGAGCUUUUGGCUUUGUCUGGACUGCCAGAUGCAAGAAAGAUAAUAAGGAGGUUGUUGUAAAGUUCAUUUGGAAGGAGAAGGUGCUGGAAGACUGCUGGGUAGAGGAUCCUGAGCUGGGGAAAGUUACUCAGGAGAUCGCAAUCCUGCUAAAGCUGCAGCACCCCAGUAUUAUUAAGGUGCUGGAUGUAUUUGAAAAUGGACAUUUUUUCCAAUUAGUGAUGGAGAAGCAUGGAUCGGGUCUAGAUCUUUUCACAUUCAUUGAUAAUCAGCCUGACUUGGAUGAGCCCCUGGCAAGCUAUAUAUUCAGACAGCUAGUGUCAGCAGUGGGAUAUCUCCACUGCAGAAAUAUCCUCCAUAGAGACAUCAAGGAUGAGAACAUCAUUAUUGCUGAAGAUUUCUCAAUCAAACUGGUGGACUUUGGCUCAGCUGCUUACUUGGAACCUGGCAAGCUGUUCUACACCUUCUGUGGGACAAUUGAGUACUGCUCACCAGAAGUCCUCUUGGGCAAUCCGUACCAAGGACCAGAGCUGGAGAUGUGGUCGCUUGGCAUCACCCUUUAUACCCUACUAUUUGGAGAGAAUCCCUUCUGUGAAUUAGAGGAGACCAUGGAGGCUGUACUAAAUCCUCCUUACAGGGUGUCAGAAGAUCUGAUGGCUCUGGUGUCUGGGCUCCUGCAUGCUGCUCCAGAGCAGCGUACAACCCUGGAAAAGCUAGUAGAGAAUCCUUGGGUGCUGCAGCCUGUGAACUUGGCUAAUUACACGUGGGAAGAGGUGUAUGUCUCAGCCAGGCCAGAAAGCAAUAAUUUCAGAAAUCACUGUAUUGAGCACAGCCACAGAGCCAGCCAGCCAGCUCCUUGCUUGCAGAGUGAGCAGAGACUGAUCCAUGAUGCCUAUGACCAUGAGCUCACAGAUCCCUAGUUGGAAGGAAUAGCCACUGCUUAGGCCAACAGAUCUUGUUCCAAUCUUCAGUGUUGGGACCGACAUGCAGAGGAUGCAUACUGCAGAUUUCCACACCUGCUGAAGAACAGAUCCCUAGUCAUCAUCUGGACAGCACUUACUGUCAUCCCAAGAACUAAAAGAAGCUUCACGUUAAGCACUUCUGUUUUAACAGACGGAUCAGCCUUAGGUACUAGAAGACAGGAGUUGCUCACCAUUGAGAGAAAUCUCUCCACUGGUACACUGUUGGCUUCAUGCACUUAUUGUAACAGAGGCCUGUGAUAUGAAGGGGUUUGAUAGUGAUGUGAAAGAGCCAGUCUUUGACUUCAGGCUGAUCCAUUCUAGACUCUUAAAUGCAGAAGCUUUUCACUUUCUCCAGAUGAGGUUUUCUGGAUAUCCCUAGCAGUGACUGGAUCCAAAUGUGCCUUUCCUUUCUUACUGUCCUUGAGCCAACAGCACUUCAUCUGGACAGGUCCUGUGAGCCUGAGAAGUCUAUAGUGUUAAUGAAACAGAAUCCAGCAGUACACUUACCAGAUUUUCCCAUCUGAGUUUAGGAUUUGUCUUCCUAGUAUAACAUUGAGUCCUAUUCAGGAGACCACCACACACUCUCAUACAAUUUCUAGUCUGGGCCAAACCUCUGCUUAUCUGAAACUGCAACACUCCCACCGGUAGCUGUUGGGAAGUAAAAUUAGCUCAAGCCGGGAGACUGCAGGGCAUGCACUCUUCCCAAGAGCUGGGACUCUGGUUGAAAUCCUGUUCAUGUGAACGAGGCUUGGCACAGUGGUUGCGGAUGAGCCUUCCUGCAUCAGUUGUUAGAAUGUGGUUUGAGGCAAGCAUUCCCUUGCAAAUGGAAGGACUACUUUGGCUACUAUCUGUUUCUUAGCUCAUUCACAUCUAGAAUCUGGAGUCCUAAUGUUUGCUGAUGGAAGCUGAGGAUUGAAAGAACCCCAGCUGAUUAUCAUCCUCUAUCCCUGUAAUGGCAGUGGGAAGCUGAGUUAGUCCAUUUUUCAAGGGGCUUGGAUUCUGACAGAAUUCAUAUUGAAAGAAACAUACAGUGGAAAACCCCAGCGUGGUCAGUUGGUUUUGACUUUGUUUCUCUGUUUAAUAGCACUUGGUUCUGGAGUAUGGGCGUGUUGCUGCUGGUGGUGGUGGUUGUUGAGUGUGCUUUUCUCUAGAUAGAAAGACUGAGAUGUUGUCAAGCUUGGAAACUGACCUACUUGGUUUGUAGUUCUCUUGUAAACCUUGAUUUAAGGAUUUCAGAAAUGCAGCUUGGUUUUUCAAGUGAUCCUUGCUGCACCACAAAAUCGAAUCAAGCCUGAAUGCUUGUUUAUUGCUCUGUAAACAAGGUGGUGGGUGCACGCGCUGAAAAGAGAUUGCAUGCAUGGCUCUGUUUAGGGAAAAUUGCACGGUGGGUUAGGGCCUCAAUAAUAUAAGUCCCAUCAGUUUAGGAUUAACUGAACUAGACUUUUUCCUUAAUUCUCUUUUAAUUUUUCAUCUAGGCCAGAACUUCCCCAGAGUGACCUCCCAUAUUUUGGCUGUGCUGCAAAAUCUCACUCAUACCUUCUUCCCCCCAUCCCCCAGGAGCUGUCAUUCUGUACAGUAGAUAGAAGAGAGAGAGAGAGAAUUUAAAGGACCUGUUUUUUAGUGCACUGUGUGUGGAAUUGGAUACAAAAGUCCAGAGCAGUAACAGGAUUUAUACAUCUAAAUACGUAUUUGUUGAUGCUGUAUUGCAGUACAUGAUUCCAGUGUAAUGGGACUGGCUUGCUCAUUGUACUCUGUAUAGCUGCCCUCACUAGUAGAUGCUUCGUGUACGAUGCUGCAGGUUUGAAUGAUUCUGGACAGAUGCAACUGAGAUGUGCACACAGAUGAAAGGGUAACAGAGAGAAACCUCAUUGGACCUUGUUCUUCUGUAGCAAAAUCACUGUUUACACUGACUACAGCUGCACCUAAAAGGUUUCUUCAGGAAAAUCCUAUAGCCAAUAUGUGUCUCUAAUUCUACUGAGUGGAUUGCAUUUUAAAAUGUAAAGAGAAGGAUUUUUAACAUCCUGUUUAGUUUUUGGCAAUACAAAGUAUAUUUUUAUUUGCUAUGGUUUUUAUCAAAAUUGUGCUGUAUCACUGUUUCUUAAAAGUGAACAGAAUAAAUGUUUUGGUUCUUAAAGUA